AUGAGCCGGUCUAGGCAUGUGGGCAAGAUCCGGAAACGCCUGGAAGAGGUCAAGAGCCAGUGGGUCCGGCCCACCAGGGCCGAUUUCAGCGACAAUGAGAGUGCCCGGCUGGCCACAGACGCCCUCUUGGAUGGGGGUCCUGAGGCCUACUGGCAGGCACUCAGCCAGGAAGGUGAGGUAGACUUCUUGUCCUCGGUGGAGGCCCAGUACAUCCAGGCCCAGGCCAAGGAGCCCGCUUGUGCCCUGGAGCCCCCAGGAGGGGCAGAGGCAGGCCCCCGGGGACUGGACUCCCGCUCCCUGCACUCAGGCACCUACUUCCCCAUGGCCUCCGAGGGCAGUGAGCCCACCCUGUUGCACACCUGGGCCUCAGCCGAGAAGCCCUACCUGAAGGAAAAGUCCAGCGCCACUGUGUACUUCCAGACGGACAAGCACAGCAACAUCAGAGACCUCAUUCGCCGCUGCAUCGGCCGGACCAGCCAGGUCCUGGCCAUCGUGAUGGAUAUGUUCACGGAUGUGGAGAUCUUCUGUGACAUUCUAGAGGCGGCCAACAAGCGUGGGGUGUUUGUCUGUGUGCUCCUGGACCAGGGAGGUGUGAAGCUCUUCCAAGAGAUGUGUGACAAAGUCCAGAUCUCUGACAGCCACCUCAAGAACAUUUCCAUCCGGAGUGUGGAAGGAGAGGUGUACUGUGCCAAAUCAGGCCGGAAGUUCGCUGGCCAAAUCCAGGAGAAGUUCAUCAUUUCGGACUGGAGAUACGUCCUGUCGGGAUCAUACAGCUUCACCUGGCUCUGCGGACACGUCCACCGGAACAUCCUCUCCAAGUUCACGGGCACCGCGGUGGAGCUGUUUGACGAGGAGUUCCGCCACCUCUACGCCUCCUCCAAGCCGGUGAUGGGCCCCAAGUCCCCCAGGCCUGUGGCGCCCCUGCAGCCCAGAGCAGGCCGCAGCCCCCCGCCUGGCCGCCUCAGUGGUAGCAGCUGCUCGGCCAGCGACCACACGUCCUCCGACCCCUUCAGCAGCCCCUCGACAGGCAGCAACCCCCAGAACCAGAGUCGGUCGGCGUCAUCGGGGCCCAGCAGUCCCCUGGCCCCCAACCCCCCUCCGCCCCCCAGGCUUCGGGCCCACCAUGGCCCAUGGGGGGCCCCGAGCCCACAGGCCCACUUCCCCCCGAGGCCCCUCGCCAGCGCCCCAGCUCCCUGCAGCAACCUCAGUGCCUACAGGCCCACGCGGCAGCAGCUAGAGCAGCUUGGCUUGCUGCCCCGGACGGCCCACAUCUGGAGGCCAUUUCUCCAAGCCUCCCCUCAUUUCUGA